ACGCCUGCAGUGGGGCCGAUAAAGCAGAGCGCGCGUGCACCUGGUUGUGGAGAAGGAUCGUGCCUCACGCACUGGACGCCGCUGCUCGUGCGUCAGACUGCGGAGCCGCCGGAGCAGCCACAUCUGUGAGCAUCCAAUCAGUGCCUAGCGGCUUCGGCCGCUCCACCAAUCAGGAUGCAGGAGAUCAUGGAAGUAAGUGAUGGCAAGAAUCAUGGCCUAAUGUCACACAGAGGCUUCAUGCUGAUCAAAGGCAUUCAUGAUCCAGAUGAGGUGGACAUGAUUCGUAACUUGGAGAUAAAGGAAUCUGACGUGUUGGUCGUCACGUACCCCAAAUCAGGGACCAUCUGGAUGCAACAGAUCCUGCUGCUGCUUGAGGCAAAGGGAGAUCUGACUGCCAUCAACAAGCACAGCACAUUCUCCAACGGUGAAUUGGUCCCCUGGAUCGAGGUGAAGGGCUACAUAGAGGCGUUUAUCAAGGCUCAGCCGCCACGGAUGAGAGUCAGCCAUCUGCCGUUCUCGUUAUUGCCUUCAGCGCUGAGCCAGAAGAAAGGAAAGGUGAUCUACGUGGCAAGAAAUCCCAAAGAUGUCCUCGUCUCUUACUUCCACUUCCAUAAGGUUGCAAACAUGUUGGAAACGCCAACGGACUUCGACAACUUCUUUGAGAAAUUCAUGAGAGGAGAUGUAUUUGGUUCCAGCUGGUUUGAGCACAUUAAGAUGUGGUACCUGCACAAGGAUGAUCUAAACAUGCUGUUUCUCACAUACGAGGAGAUGAUUAAAGACCUGCAUUCCGCAGUGGAGAGGAUCGCCUUGUUCCUGGGUUCAGAGGUGACCGACGAGCAGCUGGCCGACGUAGUGAAACACUCUACUUUCAACAACAUGAAGAAGAUCCCACAGGCCAACUACGAGCGAGUACCAAGUCACCUGCUCAGUCACCAAAAGGGGAUGUUCAUGAGGAAAGGCACCAUCGGCGACUGGAAGAAUCACUUCACUGUGGCCCAGAACGAGAGGUUUGACGACACCUUCCGCAGAGAGAUGGAGGGCAUUCCUCUGGAUUUUAUCUGGGACAUCAAAGACAUCGUGUGAUCGGUUGUCUGUCGCGUGACACUAAGAAGUAAAGGGUUGCCACUUCAUGAACACACGGCUCUGCAGGAAUAAAUACCCCCCCCCCCCCUUUCAUUUCCGUCAGCGUCCCUGUGGGGAUAGAGGCUCUGCUUCCCUGCAGUUUUCCGGUGUUUCCCUUCAUCUCAGACGUGUGUUGAUUCCCAUUCAUUUUAGUUUUUUUUGAAUAUCUAUGCAAAGCAGCACUGAGGACAGAACCUGUUUGGUUUUAAAUGGUAGACUUCACAGAUCAAAUGCUGUGAGUCUAGUUCUCAUGUAAAAAUAGUACUCCAAGCUUUACCAGACUAGCCUGGUUCCUGUAAACCUGUAUGGGGGGGGGGGGGGGGGGGA